AUGGCCCCCAAAACCUGGCUCAUAACAGGAUGCACGUCUGGUUUCGGCGCAGACUUCGUACGCGAAGCUCUGAAGAGAGGCGAUAAAGCCAUAGCCACCGGUCGCGGUGAUAUAUCCCGUCUUUCUACGCUCAAGGAAGCUGGCGCACACGUGUACACGCUCGAUGUCACCUCGCCAUCGGAGACGAUCAAUGCAACUGUUGCAGAGAUGAUUGAAGAAGUCGGAGAUAUUGAUGUCCUAGUCAAUAACGCGGGGUAUCUGCAGAUGGGCCUCGUAGGCGAGCUGGAGCUACAAGCAUGGCGGGACAUCUUCGAGACGAACUUUUUCGGCUCGCUCAAGAUGACACAAGCUCUGCUGCCUCACUUCCGCUCGCGCAAGGCCGGCGACAUCGUCUUCAUCGGUAGUAUCUACGGCCUCACGGGCAUUUCCGGGGGCGUCUCGUACUCGGCUACGAAAUUCGCGUUGGAAGGCCUGCAUGAUGCGCUCAGACAAGAAUGCGCACCUUUUGGGAUCCGCUCCCUCAUGUUCGAGCCGGGGGUUUGCCGCACAGAAGUGUGCAAGACGGGGGCUCAGCACCUUGAUACUGCGCCCAAGAAGGAGGUGGAAGAACUGGCUCCCAUGCGCAAUUUCGUGACUGCGCUUAACACUGCGCUGCAAGGAAAUGAAGUCGGUGAUCCGAAAAAGGUGGUCAAGAUUAUGGUCGAUAUGGUGAGAGGAGAGGGCGUGGCUGAGGGGAAGGAGGUACCGGAUCGGUUGACUCUUGGAAGCGAUGCUUUGAUCGCCGUUCAGCCAAAGCAGGAGACCAUGGUGAAGCAAUGGGAUGAGUGGAAAGACGUGAUCUUAAGCACAGAUUGUGAUGAUGUGGCGGGGCGAGAGGAGCCAGAGUAUGUGAAGAUGAUCAGAUCAGUCUCGUAG